AUGGAUUGUCUUCCUGAUGAGCUUCUUGUCCAAAUCUUAUCCUUCCUUCCAACUAAAGAAGCUGUUUCAACCUCUGCUCUCUCCAAGAGGUGGAGGACUCUGUUUGCUCUCAUUCAUAAACUUGACUUUAAAUCAUUUAAUGACGUUAAACGCUGCAUCUGUGAUGCCCUGGAACACGGUGUUUCCGAGCUUUAUCUACUCACUGAACCUCUAUUGUUUGUGUUUUCUACCCCAUCCAAAGUCUUCACCAGCACAACACUAGUUAAGCUGUCACUGGGAGUUUUGGACUUCCUAAUACUUCCUCCGGAUAUAUCUCUCCCAGCGCUGAAGGUUCUCCUCUUUGAUUCAAUCUGGUUUUCGGGUUGUUACUCAAUAAAUAAGUUUCUCGCGGCUUGUCCUGCACUUGAAGACUUAACCAUACGUUAUACAAAAUUUCAAGAAGAUCCGUACAUCAUAUCCAGCAAAAGCAUUAAGAAACUCUCAGUUACCAUUACUUCUAGUUCUUCUGAUGAUUGUUAUAGCAUUAUUAAAUUUGACACACCGAGUGUUGUCGACCUCUACUACUCUGAUUUUCCUCGGCGUAAACUUCUAUAUUGUAAUAUAGAUUCACUUGCCAAAGCUACAUUGGACCUUCAUUUCUUAGAGAAUCGAAAUGAUGUGGAUUUGACGAAUCUCAUCAUUGGGAUACGCAACGUCAAGACCCUUCACUUGACUUCUUCUGCUGUCGAGGUGAUUUCAGUAUGUUGCAAUGGUGGACUACCUUUAUUCAAAAACCUCACUGAAUUAGUAUUUUCGUGUAAAACAAAUGCUUGGAAAAGGUUUCUGCCGCUUCUGUUAGAGUGUUCUCCAAACCUAAAAUCCAUGGUUCUCUCGGAUCUGCAUUGUUACACAUUUGGACAAAGAAGACAUAUGUUUUUCGAGAUUCAAAUUCCCUCGAAUAACCAAAUAAAGAUGCUGCGUAUUAUGCAAUAUCAUGGAAGCGCAAACGAGCUGAAACACAUUAGCGGUUUCUUACGGAAAAUGAAGUGUCUUGAAGUGGUACAAAUCUACAUUGCAGGGGAAGUGGAUCACCUCAAAAAGAUGCAACUCACGGAUGAUCUAUUGAAGCUUUCCACAGCUUCAUCCAACGUCAAGAUACAAGUCAUGUGA